CGCCUCUUCGCCACCUGUAACCACCGCCCUCUUCAUCGCAGUUCAAAUCUCUCUCUCUCACUCACUCACUCUCUCUCUCUCGCUCUUACUAUCUUUCUCUGCGCCAUCUUUUGGUUUGCUAACGAAUCAACACCGACGAAGUUCUCGAGUGUUUGUGAAAAAUGGGUGUUGGAAUUACGGAGUUUUUGACGAAUCAGCUUGGAGCUGAGCAUCCUCAGGUGAUACCAAUCUCAGUGUUCAUAGCCAUUCUCUGUCUCUGUUUAGUUAUCGGCCACUUGCUUGAAGAGAAUCGAUGGGUCAAUGAAUCCAUUACCGCCAUUUUAGUUGGAGCAGUGUCAGGAACAGUGAUCUUGCUUAUUAGUAAAGGAAAAAAAUCUCACAUUUUGGUGUUUGAUGAAGAACUCUUCUUCAUUUACCUUCUUCCUCCUAUAAUUUUCAAUGCUGGAUUCCAAGUUAAGAAAAAGAAGUUUUUUCACAACUUUUUAACCAUCAUGUCCUUUGGGGUGAUUGGAGUUUUCAUCUCUACUGUCAUUAUUUCGUUUGGGACUUGGUGGCUGUUCCCCAAGUUGGGAUUUAAGGGCUUGAGUGCUAGAGACUAUCUUGCCAUCGGAACAAUCUUCUCGUCCACUGAUACCGUUUGCACUCUACAGAUUCUUCAUCAAGAUGAAACUCCAUUGCUUUACAGCUUAGUCUUUGGUGAAGGAGUUGUGAAUGAUGCAACUUCAGUUGUACUGUUCAAUGCCGUGCAAAAGAUUCACUUUGAAAGCCUCAACGGUUGGACUGCUCUGCAAGUGUUUGGAAACUUUUUAUACCUCUUCUCCACAAGCACAAUUCUCGGAAUUGCUGUGGGGCUACUAACGUCUUUUGUCCUUAAAACCUUGUAUUUUGGAAGACAUUCAACUACACGUGAACUCGCGAUCAUGGUUCUAAUGGCUUACCUUUCAUACAUGUUGGCUGAGCUCUUCUCAUUAAGUGGGAUUCUCACUGUUUUCUUCUGUGGUGUUUUAAUGUCACAUUAUGCAUCAUAUAACGUGACAGAGAGUUCAAGAAUCACUUCCAGGCAUGUUUUUGCGAUGAUGUCUUUUAUUGCGGAGACAUUCAUAUUUCUGUAUGUUGGAACAGAUGCUCUUGACAUUACAAAGUGGAAGACAAGCAGCUUAAGUGCUGGAGGUACUUUGGGUGUCUCUGGUGUCAUAACCGCAAUGGUAUUGCUUGGAAGAGCAGCAUUUGUGUUUCCGCUCUCGAUCUUAACAAAUUUCAUGAAUAGACAUGCUGAAAGAAACGAGUCUAUCACAUUUAAGCAUCAGGUGAUCAUUUGGUGGGCGGGGCUUAUGAGAGGUGCUGUCUCAAUUGCUCUGGCUUUCAAGCAGUUCACAUACUCCGGUGUUACAUUGGAUCCUGUGAAUGCUGCCAUGGUCACCAACACCACUAUUGUUGUCCUCUUUACUACACUGGUCUUCGGUUUCCUCACAAAGCCACUUGUGAACUAUCUGCUUCCUCAUGAUGCAAGUCACAACAACACCAGAAAUAGAGAUAAACGCACUGAGCCAGGUUCCCCAAAAGAGGAUGCGACGCUUCCUCUUCUUUCCUUUGAUGAGUCUGCUUCCACAAACUUCAAUAGAGCUAAAGAUAGUAUUUCCCUUCUGAUGGAGCAACCUGUGUACACCAUCCACCGCUACUGGAGAAAGUUCGAUGAUACAUACAUGAGGCCUAUCUUCGGUGGACCUCGUCGAGAAAACCAACCAGAGUGCUAGAACUGAUUUGAGAUCUCCUCGGGGAAGACAUAAUGAGAUAGUUUUUUUGGAUAAUCAAGAAAGUAGGAUAGUUGAUGUAGCUAUAAUACAGUAUUUAAACGUUUUCUUUGAUGUAUAGAACAUGGUUCUUCUAUAUACACAAGGUCAAGAUAAAGCGGAAUCUACGGUCUGCCUCCAAGUUAGCUAUCUGAAGCUGUGUUUAAGAAAAAAGAGCAAAACAAACGUUAAGCUGGGAUUGUUGUAACGCCACAUUUGCUAAGAAGAGCAUGUACUUUAGACGGGUAUACCGCGAAAACGGGGAGGUAAGACUUAGAUCUG